GGAUUCAUUACUUCCACACUGAAAUUUCAUAAGACGCAACUGGUAUUGAGUUAAACAUAACACACAAUCUACACAUGUAUUUUCUCAGACACUUAUUGAGUCUAAAUAGUCACACAACUUACAUAAUUUCAGUAGUACACCCAAAUGACAAUAGUCAUAUUAUAUUGUUCAUGUGUUACACUUGCUAUAGUUUACUUCCACGUUACUUUUUCAAACAGCAAUGUCAACUGUAAAUCAAGUCAAUCACUGACACAUCAGUGCCACCUUGAGUCAGAAAUAGCAUGUAUACCGAUGAGCCAAAACAUGACCACCUGCCUAAUAUGCUGUUGUUCCUCCGUGUGCCACCAGAACAGCGCCGAACCGAAGAGGCAUGGACUCUCCAAGACCCCUGAAGGUGUCCUGUGGUAUCUGGCACCAAGACAUUAGCAGCAGAUCCUUCAAGUCCUGUAAGUUGUGAGGUGGAGCCGCUGUGGAUUGGACUUGUUGGUCCAGCACAUCCCACAGAUGCUCAAUCGGAUUGAGAUCUGGGUAAUUUGGAGGCCAGGGCAACACCUUGAACUCUUCAUCAUGUUCCUCAAACCAUUCCCGAACAAUGUGUGCAGUGUGGCAGGGCGCAUUAUCCUGCUGAAAGAGGCCACUGCCAUCAGGGAAUACCAUUGCCAUGAAGGGGUGUACCUGGUCUACAACGAUGUUUAGGUUCACCUCCACCGGCUUGUCGUCUUCCAACAGUGCAACCUGGUGCCAUCACUUUCCCAGUUAAAUGUUGCACAUGUACACGGCCGUCCACGUUAUGUAAAAGAAACUGGGACUCAUCGGUCUAGGCAACCUUCUUCCACUGCUCCAAGUUCCAGUUCCAACGCUUGCAUGCCCAUUUGGCAGUGGACAGGGGUCAUCAUGGGCACUCUGACCGGUCUGCGGCUAUGCAGCCCCAUACACAGCAGGGUGUGAUGCACUGUGUGUUGUGACACAUUCCUCCCGUAACCAUCAUUAACAUUUUCUGUGAUUAGUGCCACAGUAGACCUUAUGUCGGUUCGGACCAGACAGGAUAGCCUUCAUUGCCCUAAUGCAUCGAUGAGCCUUGGGUGCCCAACACCCUGUCGCUGGUUUGUGGUUUGUCCCUCCUCAGACCACUGUCAUUAGGUAAUCACCACUGCUGACCGGGAGUACCCAACAAGCCUUGGCGUUUCAGAGAUGCUCUGACCCAGUCGUCUGGCCAUAAUAAUUUGGCCCUUGUCAAAGUCACUCAGGUCUUUACUCCUGCACUCAACAUGUUGACUACGAGAACUGAUUGUUCACUUACCAUCUAAUCUACUCAGACCUUGACAUGUGACCUUGUUAGGAGAUGAUCAAUGCUUUCACUUCACCUAAGAGAAAAGUUGAGGAAUACUUAAGAGGUACGGGGGUGGAAUGAGGUCCGGUCACUAAAGACCCGAGGUAUGCGUUUAAGGGUUAAUGACCCUAAAAUAGGCUUUAUUUUCUAUUUGCAAAAUAUACAUUUUGGAGUAAAAUAGGACCUUUUUUUUUUUCUUUUUUUUUUUUGACAAUCACCCAUUAAUUAAAAAGAUUAGGUACCUGACACAAAAAUGAAAAUCUGCUCAAUAUAUCUAUCAAAUGAUUUAGAAAGUCCUCAUUAGGAAUGACUGGAAAAGUCAUGGAAAUUCAUUAAAAAAAAUUCAUUCAUUCAUUAAAACUGGUCGGAACCCUUGUAUGUGUUUAGCCAGUUGUUUGUCUGUUUUUUUACCCCUCACAUCAAGUAAACCAUUAUUAACCACUAAGAAACAAACACUUUUUGCGUAUUCUUUCGUAUCCAGAUUUAAACCUGCUGUCACUGAUUAAAAGAGUUUCAAAAGCGCUUUUGGCGUUUCCACUGCGCCUCGCCCGCGGCUGCUAAGCAACGACAACUCGGAGGCUGGUGUUAUGAGAAAGAGGGCGUGUCUCUUAUAUUCAGCUUAAUAAGAUGUCAUUUAGAACGCAAGUGCGCGCACAAUCACGCUCUCUGUCACACACACACAAACAGCGCGCACACGACAUGAUAAUAUGAUUUCACCUCUAUUCUGCGCGCGAGACGGAGUCAUAACCUGCGCGCGCACUGCUGAGUUGAGAGCGGAUGAUGAAGCGCUGUCUUUACACACUCCACCGGGGAGAUGCGAGAAAUUAAUGAUGCAGUUCGUCUCAUAAAGACCGACUUAGAGAAGUAAUGCUUACAAGAUGUUUUGAAUGGCUUAAGUUUGUGCAACGUUUUAGUUUCCCCCCACCCUCCAAACCCCCCAACCAAGAUGUCAAAUGACCAAAAAUGAGCAUCACUUUUGCUCAAUGCAAAGAUGAUCUCAGUAAUAUGGAAAACAUAAACUGUCAUCAACUCAAAACAUAAUUUCUGUUCCACCAAGCCCAUAUGAGAAGAAGAGACAAUGGUGUGUGAAAAUGUGACUAAUGGGACGGAGAAUGGCAGGCCGCCUUACACCCUCUUGUUGGCCCUUCCUCUGAGCGUUCUGGUGGGGCUCCUCAUUCUCAUCAUUGUUUUUGGCAAUGUGCUGGUUAUCAUCGCUGUUUUCACAAGCCGAGCUCUCAGGGCUCCCCAGAACCUGUUUCUGGUCUCGCUGGCAUCAGCCGACAUUUUGGUGGCCACUUUGGUGAUGCCGUUCUCUUUGGCCAAUGAGCUGAUGGGCUAUUGGGCCUUUGGACAGGUGUGGUGCGAAAUAUAUCUUGCCCUGGAUGUUCUCUUUUGCACAGCCUCCAUCACCCACCUGUGCGCCAUCAGUUUGGACAGGUACUGGUCAAUCACACAAGCCAUCGAGUACAACCUUAAGCGCACACCCCUACGGAUCAAGCGCAUCAUUUUUGUGGUUUGGGUCAUUGCUGCCGUAAUCUCCUGCCCGCCACUCAUUACCAUGGAGAAGAACAAAGAGAAGUCCAUCUGCAGUAUUAAUACAGAAAAAUGGUACAUUAUUUCCUCUUCCAUUGGCUCAUUUUUCCUUCCUUGCAUCAUCAUGGUGCUCGUCUACGUUCGAAUCUAUCAGAUCGCCAAAAAGAGGACCAGAGCGCCCCCUGGAGACCAAAGGACAAAGGAAGUACACCUGAAGGAGAAUGAUCAGGGUGAGAAGGGCCCUCAAGAGAGACUCAGUAGGGAUCCCAAUGCUAAGCUGGAUGGCGCCAAUGACAAGGGCGAAAUAAACGGAGUGGACAUGGAGGACUCGUCCUCCUCCGACCAUAAGGUCACCAACCCCUGCUCCCUCAAGAAGAAGAGCUCCAAAGGAAAGACCAGGUUGAGCCAAAUCAAACCAGAUGACAAGCCAGAGGUCUGCCAGACCACCAAGACCAGCAGGUGGAAGGGGCGACAGAAUCGUGAGAAGCGCUUCACCUUUGUCCUAGCAGUAGUUAUUGGCGUAUUUGUCAUCUGUUGGUUCCCCUUUUUCUUCACGUACACACUGACGGCAUUUUGCGACUGCUGUGUGCCUGAGACGCUUUUCAAGUUCUUCUUCUGGUUCGGCUACUGCAACAGCUCCCUUAAUCCCAUCAUAUACACCAUCUUCAAUAAUGACUUCAGAAGGUCCUUUAAAAAGAUCCUCUGCCGGAGAGAUAACAGGCGAGUGGUGUGAAUGGGCUACUGGGCCUUUUCUUUCUGUUUUUUGAUGUCAUAACAGACUGACCAGGACGAUCCUACCUAGAUCAUGUCGCUGUAAUAUAUCACCCGGAGUGUAAGGGAAGUACUUGUGUACAGUAAAUCAACCUGUCAUGUGUAAUUUUACAACAAGAGACUCAUGCUUUGUAUAAAUGUCACAAUGCAACCAUGCACGGUUAUGCAAUUACAGCACAAUAUGUGACGGAUUCGUCCAUUUCAGAAAUGUAUUGUUGUGUUGAAGUUCUUAAUAUGCUGUCUGUGUUAUAUAGUUUUGUAACUGUGGUAUUUUAUGAUCUAAAAAUGUGGAGAGCAUCAGUAAGCACAUAUACAACAACAAUAAUGCCCUUGAUGUUGCUCAAAAUGUGAAAAACAAUUCAAACUGUGCCAAAGGAAUAAGGACUAUUGUGACUUUAUCUGCCUUUUUGUGCUGUGCUGCAGUACUCAUAUACAGAGUGUUAAAAUACUUGCUGCAAUGCCAAUUGUCUUCUCACGGGGGCCUCUUUACUUCCCUGACAUAUUGUGUAAUUCAUUGUGAACGUGUUGCGAUUGUUCGGGGGACAAAUCUUCUUUUAUCCCUGCCAGUAACAGUUCAUUUAAAAUCUUGAAAUGCACCGUUGGGCAAAAAGAUGUUGAGCAGGUCUGACUGGAACCUGAUGUGCGAGUGUCACAACAGAUUUCUUAUGCUUUCAAUGUAAAUUAUAUCUGUCAUUCCAGAUCUAAUGGAAGGGUCUUUGGUCUUAAGGGCCUUUUACAGAGAUUAUUACAGUGAUUGCUGGAACUAAUAAACCAUGUGACAAACAGACCAACAUUUCAGCCCUGAAAGAUAGGUUACUAAAUGAAUUUGCACCUGUUCUUCGAACAUAUGGAGCGUGAUCUUUGGGUCUGAAUGCACAAAAACACAGAGAGGAAUAUUCAGCAAGAUAUCAAAUGACUGACAACAUGACAACAGAGUGUCUCCAGGUCAAGGCGAGGCCAAACCUCUCAUGCGGUUUACAUUCCCAGGGGACAGAAGGAGAGAUCAUCCUAGUGUUGUUAGAUAUCAUGUAGAGUGAGAUGGAGCGAGUGUCCACUCCAUUUCCUGUUUGACCUGGUAACACGGUUAAAACAAAGGUCUCAAAUGACAUAUAUAAACGACCUGUUGCUGUGCAUUUUGUCAUAUCUGAAAAACACAAUUGUGGUGUAUGACUCAGUUUGAUAUUGGCUGUUUGUUGUCCUGGUUGUGCUUUCAAAGUGUUUUGCCAUUGAGAUUUAAAAAACUGUGUUUGCACUCACACUCUGAUAGAGAAAAGCACUCAAAAUAAAUAAAUAAAUAAAUAAAA